AAAAGCGUGAGACCCAAACAUAGAGAGAGAGUGAGCGAACCGCCAUGGACUCACAGCAGCAGAGACAAACAGCUCCACAGCCUCGCCCUCGGCCUCAGAAUCAAGACGGCGGCGGCGAUUUCUCGGCCGUUUGCUUCGUUCUCUUCCUGUUCGUUGCCGUCGCCAUUUUCACUUUGUUAAUCAGCGGUCUGCACCAAGUUCCGGAAGGUCAUGUUGGGGUGUAUUGGAGAGGAGGUGCUCUUCUGAAGACUGUUACAGAUCCAGGGUUUCAUCUCAAGCUUCCCCUGAUAACCGACUUUGAGCCUGUUCAAGUGACCCUUCAGACUGAUCAGGUGAAGGAUAUUCCAUGUGGUACAAAGGGGGGUGUCGUGAUUAACUUUGAGAAGAUAGAGGUUGUUAACCGGCUUCGCAAGGAAUUUGUAUAUGAGACACUUCUCAAUUAUGGUGUGAAGUAUGACCGUACAUGGAUAUAUGACAAAAUUCAUCAUGAGAUCAAUCAGUUCUGCAGCUCACAUUCACUUCAAGAUGUCUACAUUGAUGUGUUUGAUCAGAUUGAUGAAAAGAUGAAAGAAGCUCUUCAGGGUGAUUGCACACGUUAUGCUCCAGGUAUUGAAAUUUUCAGUGUCCGUGUCACAAAGCCGACUAUCCCAGAUAGUGUAAGACAUAACUUUGAGCAGAUGGAGGAGCAACGUACCAAGGUCCUAAUUGCUAUUGAGAGACAGAGAGUGGUGGAGAAAGAGGCAGAAACCAAGAAGAAGAUAGCUAUAAGUGAAGCCGAGAAGAAUGCCAAUGUGAGUAAGAUUCUCAUGGAGCAAAAGUUGAUGGAGAAGGACAGUUCCAGGAGGCAGCAAGAAAUUGAAAAUGACAUGUAUCUUGCUCGGGAAAAGAGUGCAGCAGAUGCUGAUUUCUACAAAGUCAUAAAAGAGGCUGAAGCAAACAGACUGAAGCUUACUCCGCAGUUCCUUGAGCUCAAAUUCAUCGAGGCUAUUGCUGACAAUACGAAAGUUUUCUUUGGGGACAAGGUACCAAAUAUGGUUUUGGAUCAGAGGUUGCUGGGGAACUUCUUAAAGGUUUCCAGAGAGUUGUCGGGAGAUGUGGCCAGGGAAGGAAAUGCAGCAUAUUGAGAGAGAUUCAGGAGUUGAAUAUGUGAAAUGCUUUAGCUUAUGAUAGGUAUCAAGUAUAAACAAACUCUAAACACACAGGAUAGGGAGAGAGAACAUGAUCUAGUUUCUGUAGCUGACUGCGAAACUUCUUUUGUUGCAAUCUCUACAUUGCCUGAUGUUAGAAUUGAAACGGAUGCUUUAGAAUUUUC